AUGGCAAUGAGCAACAGGAAAGGUUAUCACACAGGUCUCCCCUUGCCCACUUUGAAUGUGGUUUGUGUCUUAGCAGGGCAUGGAGGAUUGAACCAGCUGGGUGGGGCCUUUGUGAAUGGCCGGCCCUUGCCAGAGGUGGUCCGGCAACGCAUUGUGGACUUGGCCCACCAAGGUGUGAGGCCCUGUGACAUCUCCCGGCAACUCCGAGUCAGUCACGGUUGUGUCAGCAAAAUCCUUGGCAGGUACUACGAAACUGGCAGUAUACGGCCAGGUGUGAUUGGAGGCUCCAAGCCCAAGGUGGCAACACCCAAGGUGGUAGAGAAGAUUGGGGAUUACAAGCGGCAGAAUCCCACCAUGUUUGCUUGGGAAAUCCGGGACCGUCUGUUGGCCGAGGAUGUCUGUGAUAAUGACACUGUUCCCAGUGUUAGUUCCAUCAACAGGAUCAUUCGCACAAAAGUGCAACAACCAUUCAAUCUCCCAAUGGACAACUGCAUGGUAUCUAAAAACCUGAGCCCCAGCCAUAACCUCAUUCCCAGCUCUGCUGUGACGCCACCAGAGUCGCCCCAGUCAGAUUCCCUGGGCUCUACUUAUUCUAUCAAUGGCAUUCUGGGGAUUGGUUCACCCAGCAGUGACAACAAGAGGAAAAUCCAUGACAGUGACCAAGAAAGCUGUGGGCUCAGCACAGACUCCCAAGGCAGCAGCAGCACCUCCCACAAACACUUGCGCAGCGACACCUAUGGGCAGCAUCUGCUGGAAUGCCCAUUUGAAAGGCAGCACUUCCCAGAGGUCUACGCCUCCCCCAGCCAUGCCAAAGGGGAGCAGGCAGGCAUUUACACAUUGCCCCUGCUGAACAGUUCUAUGGAUGAUGGCAAAGCUAUGCUGACACCUUCCAGCACACCACUGAGUCGAAACCUGGUUGCUCAUCAGACCUACUCUGCUGUGACAGGGCGUGAAGUGGUUGGCUCCACACUUCCUGGCUACCCGCCACACAUUCCAUCUAAUGGACAGGGUAGCUACAGCUCUUCUGCAAUUGCUGGAAUGGUAGCAGCAGGAAGCGACUAUUCUGGGAAUGCCUACAGCCACACCCCUUAUGCAGGCUAUGGAGAAAACUGGCGCUUCCCCAACUCUGCCCUACUGGGUUCCCCAUAUUAUUACAAUUCACCUUCACGUGGCCCUGUCCCCACCACCGCCACGUAUGACCACCUAUAGGUGAAGCAUUGGUGUAGGAGCAAGAACAGAAGACACACCCUCUAUUUAUUGUCCAACAACAAAAACAGAGAGAG